GCCCCCAGACACCAUAACGUUUUAGUGCUUCUACGUUGUUGCAAUGGCCCGUACUAAACAGACCGCCCGCAAAUCCACAGGCGGGAAGGCUCCCCGCAAGCAGUUGGCCACCAAGGCAGCCAGGAAGAGCGCCCCGGCCACUGGCGGAGUCAAGAAACCCCAUCGUUACCGCCCAGGGACUGUGGCUCUCCGGGAAAUCCGCCGCUACCAGAAAUCCACUGAGUUGCUGAUCCGCAAACUGCCUUUCCAGCGUCUGGUCCGGGAGAUCGCCCAGGACUUCAAGACCGAUCUGAGGUUCCAGAGCUCAGCCGUUAUGGCUCUGCAGGAGGCCAGCGAGGCUUAUCUGGUGGGACUCUUUGAGGACACCAACCUGUGCGCCAUCCACGCCAAGAGGGUCACCAUCAUGCCCAAGGAUAUCCAGCUGGCCCGCAGGAUCCGAGGGGAGAGGGCUUAGAUCCGAGGGGGUUUUAUUCACUGGGCACAAAGGCUCUUUUCAGAGCCACC